AUGGCGUCAAAGAUCUUCUGUUGUUGCUGCCAGGCCAGCGAGGGGUCCUCUACCACUGUCUCACGUAGUCCCAGGAUGUCCCAGCAGCAUCAGCCACGGUCCUUCAAUCUGAACACAGAUUCUCGCAAGAAUGGUUUCCAAAAGAGAUACGCACACCACCCCGCCAACAACUGGAUACCGAAAGGAUGCACUCUUGGGAGGCCCUGA